GUCGAAUGCGUCGCGACGCUUGUCAGAAUCGAAUUCAAUUCGCAUUCCACCACCUAGAGCCCGCGUUGAGACUUGAGGUGAUGAAAAUGUGCUGCUGAAUCGUGUUGAAAAUAAAAAUAAAAAAACGGAAAUGGAUUAUCGAUCGGCAUCCCCAGAAACCUCAGAUGUGUUCUCGGAAGAAAUGGACACUGAUUCUUUAAAGGAAAACAGCUUAUUGAACAGAACUGUGGCAAAAUACAAUAACAACAAUUUCAAGGUGGGUUACAUGCCUGUGGAAGAUACGAAACCUGGCAUGAGAGGAAGGAAGACAAUUGCUUUCUGGACGUUGCUGGUGUUACUGUUUAUUUUAGUUAUUGGAAAUCUCAUUCUGACAGUUACUAUUAUUGGAGUACUGAAAUUGGGACAAGGGAUGCAAAAUAUCGAAUUGGUUCCAAAUGCUCAGUCCAUUAAACUAUUUGGGGAUGUGAAUCUGGACCACAUCUACAAGAGGGAUGGUAAAAUAGAAGGCUACAAGAACCAACCUAUGGAAAUUACCUCAAACGACAGCCCAAUUCUAUUAAGCUUAGUGAAAUAUAGUAGAGGUGUUACUAAAGUCAAAGUAGAUCCUAAUGAAAUAUUAUUCAAAAGUACAAAUUCUUUUGAAGUUAAAGAUAAGGAAAAAGAAACAAUUUUUACUGUUACUAAUCCUAUUUAUAAAGAACUAACGAAUGCAAAUAGCCUCAAUAGUAAAUAUUUGCACACCAAUAAGAUCCGAAGCCCAACAGAUUCCGAUCUACAUAUUGAAGGAGAUAUUGUUACUCUCAAAGGUGCUGAAGGGUCGAAUGUUUCAGGCAAAGAAGUAUUUUGGUCUGCUGAUCAAGACAUUUACUUGAAGAGCAUUAAUGGUUCAAUAAUUCUGAUGAGCCAAGAAGGUAUAUUUGUGGAUCUCGAUAGAAUUCCAAUAGCAAAAUUGAACCACAACUAUGUUACAUCGCAAUUCAAGGUCUGUGUAUGCAUGCCAGAAGGAAAACUAUUCAGACUGCCUGUUGCCAAUCCCAAUCAAAGAGUGUUUUGUGAUUAUGUGAAUAUGGCUCCACAGUAUAAUCCUUGUAUUUAGGAAAUAUACAAAGAGUAGAGAUCAAUAUGAUGAAUGAAGAUUUGCCAGAAUGAAUCAAAGUUAUUCACUGGUAUUAUAUCUUUAUCAUCAGCUAUAACAUCCAUUAAAUUGAAAAGUUCUAUGGAUAUGUUCAUGUAGCACUGUGAACAUGUUUUAGGUCAUAUUACUUACCAUGGAACAUAAAUUCCAACUCUGCUUCAAUAGAUCGUUGAUUGACUUUAGUACUGUAGAGGUUUCUUACAAAAUAUGAAAUUUCCACAGCAAUGACUGAUUUUGUUACUGAAUUUUCCAGUUUGUGAGUGUUGAAAAACGUAUAUUAUUCCAGAAAAGUUACAAGCAUGAAUAGAAGGUACAUAUCUUCAUUAUUAUAUAGUAGUUGACAAUAAAAUAUUUAUACCAGAUGUUUUCUGAUUUAUGUCUAUAAAUAUAUAUAUAUUAUUAGAAA